GACUACAUGGACCCGCAGGCUGCGACAGACGUAUUUGUAGCCAGACAAAUUACACAAAAGGAAUGCGAAUAUUGUAGCCUAUGCCCCAUCACAAAGUUACUGUGCGGAAUUUAAAAGUAGGCCUAGGCUAUAUAUAAACUAGCUCACUUCCUUUGGGUAAUUUGCAGAGCUGGCGGAAGUAGCCUACGUCAGUUAUCUCGGCUCUCUGAGGCUUUUAUUGCACACUAAUUUCAGAUGUAGGGAAAAGAGGGGAGAGUAGAUUUGAAUCACCCCCUGUCGCUUUAAGGACACUUAUCAAAGCUUUGCAUUUAUGCGAAAGGGAAAAAUACGAUGAGCCACGAGCAACUGAGCAACCAAGGACGGAAUUCAGGAGUGGAUUGAUGUAUAACUUACACGGGCCUGGAAUAGCCGAUGCCUUUGCCUUAUGGGGUUUGAUCAUAUACAGUGGAUUGUCGUAUGCUGAAGUCGCUAAACGGAGGAUCAUUUGGAAAAUAUUGCGCAUAAGUAGCGAGAGAUUUGGAGAUUCCUGCCCUCGUGGAUUUUAUCGCGCAAAGAUUUAGCCCUACGGUGGAACUUGUCAGAUGAAUAUGGUUAACCGUUGAAACUCGCUAAUAGCCUACAGAGAGGAUUAUCAACUUAUGUAGCCUAUUAUCUUAUCCAUUAUUGAUAAGCACCUAAUACGCAUUUUGACGGAUAUUAUCUAGACUCUUUUGACAGCGGAUCAUGGAUUGGGUGGUGGAAAACAACGGGCAGCGACAUGAUUUCUCUGCGCUGUCUGCGGUAUUCAGCUAUUAACAUUGUGUUAUUCCAAUGCAACAAAGUUGCAAAGGAAGUGGAGUGCAUAAAUUGUAACUAUUUCGCUGUUUUGCACCUGCUUAUGUGAAGAACGCGUCGACGUUACAGUAUCUAAUCGCUUAAAAUACGUGAGGAUUUGCAUCGCUUCUUCCUCGCCCGCAUGGAAUAUUUGAACAUUUGUUUAUUGUAUUCGGGAGGUUUAUAUUCAAGGUCAUUCCGUGAAUCUGAUUACUUAUAGAUGUAUUAUUUAUACAUCCGUAUCUACUAGUGAUAACACUAUAGAUUAUUAUUUCGGUUGGCCGCACAGGGAAUCCGCUUUACGUUAGGUGAUUUAUAGUGUUUUUGUCAUUGCAACAUUUCUAAAAUGGAUGGAAAAUUGAAGCAGAGCCGGAGAUCCCGUUCCAAACGUGAGAGGGUACGGAGACGGGAGGCAGUGGGCAAGGAUGCCCGCAGUCCGAAACCUUCGUCUUGUUCAGAUAGGGAGCAAAGUCCUGGGAGGGAUCUCGCCUCCCAGAAUGGUAAAAAGUCUCCACACUCAACACCCUCUGCCAGAACCUCGCGCCCCCCUCGUCGAAAGAGACGAGAAUCCAGUUCUCAAGAAGAGGAUAUCAUUGAUGAAUUUGCCAUUGCCAGUUUCGUCAGCCUGGACUGUCUGGAGAAGAAGACUGGGGCCCUGAAGUCUCAGGAGCGGAAGGAGAAAGAGAAGGAGAAGGAGAUGUGGAGAGAGGAGAAGCAGCAGGAGACGGUGGCGAAGAGACAGAAGGAGGAGGAGGAGGAGAACGUCAUGCCCACGUCUCUGGACCCUCUGGAGAACGGCUUCAUCAACCACGCCCAGAGAGAGCAGGAGAGGAUGAACGACAGGCUGCUGAAGAAAACCUACUCCAAGAAGAACAAGCAGAUCAAGGCCCUGCAGGUACGCCCAGUGAAGCUGGAUGAGGAUGGGGCCAUGCAGGAGUUCAACAGACCCAACAGGAGCAUCUCUAAAGAGCACCUCAGUGAGAGCUCCACUCACUCGCUGUCAGGCCGGGGCUACUCGUUCACUUCUUUAAAAAGAGACGAGCACCCGUUUGGGAGACAUGAGUGUGACAGCGAGAGUGACGUUGAUGACAAGGUAUCUGAUGUAGGAUCCGACAAACUAUUUUCCCCCACUACACCCAAAGGUGUGUCAACGAAUGAGAAUCCAGAGUCCAAGACUGUCAGCUCGGCCAAAGUCUCUGGGCUCCAGCGUAGCCAGGAGCAGAGUAACGAGGUGUCCUUCGCCCCGCCCGUGUCCAGCCCCAUCCCGGCCUCCCCGCCUUCGGGCUCCCCUGCCCCCGCUGCCACCGCGGCAGCCCCCCCUCAGCCCCUCCCCAAGGCGCAGCUCACCUCCCCGCCCCCCCUCCUCAUCAAGAGAGAGUCGGAUCGGGUGCCGCCCAUCCCCAGAUUCCCCACCCCUCCCCUGCUGAGGGCCCAGCCCCACCCUCUCCAGGAGCACCGUGUCCCCGUCUCGCUCCCUCCCCCCCAGCACCAACACCACGCCAGGCCUCUCAUCAGCCACCAACUGCACCAGCAUCACCCACUGCAUUACAACAGCCUGCACGACAUCAGCGGCGGCAGUGCAGGCCUCCCCAAGCACCACCACCUGCCCCCCUCUCCCCACCACCUGAGCGGCCUCCCCUCCUCCACCCCGGCCCUGCCCCUGUCCAUAGCCAACCUUUCUACCUCGCACUAUUCCUCCCUGCGAAGCCCGGCCCAUCGCCAUCCGGCCAUGUUCGCAACCCCCGCCACACUUCCGCCACCUCCGACCUUACCCACCAACAGCCUUGUGGUCCCUGGGCAUCCCGCUGGCACCCCCUACCCAGAUACCAGCCUGUUGAUAUCAUUCAACCAACCAAUCAUGUAUUGCCAGCCUCAUUCGGGGAUUCUGAUUGGCACAUUGUCACAGGCAACUCUCUUACCACCACCAAUGAGUCCUCACGUAGAAAACCCUCACAGUAUGAGCUGGAGAAACAGAGAAUGCCAGGUGACUAUUCUUUCUUCUCUUCUACCCGUUGUUAAAACUGACUGGCGCCGUGCCUUUCUUGUGUCUCCCUUUCCCCCCCUUUUCUCGCUCUCCUUUCUUGCAGAGCAUGACCUCCUGCGGCAGGAGCUGAAUAACCGCUUCCUGGUUCAGAGUUCAGAGGGGCGGAGCCGGGGGCCGUCCUCCGCGGGGUCCCCGCUGGCCCCUGUGUCACUCCUGAGGGGAGCGUUUCACCAACACCAGCACAUGCAUCAGCACCAACACACCCACCAGCACACCUUCACGCCCUUCCCGCCCAGUCUGCCCCCGGCCGCCAUCAUUACUCCGCCCACCGCACCCCCCAUGGUGCGAACCCCAGCCAGAAAUUUCGACAAAUACGCUCCAAAACUGGACAGUCCAUUCAUUAGACAUUCAAAUUUCUUCCCCUCCUACCCCCCCACAAUGCCAGGCAUGCCCCCGCUGCUCCCCCACUCAGGACCCUUCAGCUCACUGCAAGGAGCCUUCCAGCCCAAGUCCUCCAACCCCAUAGACGUAGCCUCCCGUCCGGGGGCAGUACCUCACACACUCCUACAUAAGGACCCACGGGUAUCAGAUCCUUUCAGGACAUCAGUCAGAAAACCUGGCAAGUGGUGUGCGGUGCACGUCCAGAUUGCCUGGCAGAUCUACCACCAUCAGCAGAAGAUGAAGCAGAUGCAGGUAGACCCUCACAAACUGGACAUGAAUGGAAAGCUGGACCUGUUCAGUCGUCCCCCUGCCCCGGGGGUGUUUCCUGGGUUCCCCUACACCCACGACCUGGCACGACCCAUGUUCUCCUCCACAGGUUCUGGCCAUCCGGCCGCCUCCCCGUACGGCCCCUCCCCCCACCACAGUGGCUUCCUGCCUCCCAGCCACUUGGCAGGUAAGUAUCCUUUCAGUCGCUCCAGUACCUUUGGCGGCCUCGGCAACCUUUCAACCAGUGCCUUCGGAGGAUUAGGCAACCCCUCGCUUGGCUCCAACAGUAUCUUUGGCCAUAAAGAGGGCCCAGGGGGCCUGCCAGGCUUCGGCAGCCCCCACCACGAUACCUGGAACAGGCUCCACCGGACCCCACCCUCCUUCCCCACCCCGCCGCAGUGGCCCAAGUCUGCAGACACGGAGCGUAGCAACUCAGUCAACAGCCACGAGCGAGAGAGAGAACGAGAGAGGGAACGGGAGAGGGAGAGAGAACGGGAGAGAGAACGGGAGAAAAGGGAUUCAUCCAUCAGCAAGGAGGAGAAGGAUAAAGACAGAGAUUCAAUUGAUCGUAACCGUCACUCGAACCGUUCAUCCCCUGCGUCGGCCCAAACCAGCUACCAGAUCAGCAGCCUGAUCCGCUCUAACAGCCAGAACUCCAGUGACUCUGGUCGCCACCACAGCGCCAGUGUGGAUCGAGUCCGGGAGGCCGAGAAGGAGCUCGUGGAGCGCCACCGAGAGGCAACCAUUCUGGUGGACGUCAAGGUGAAGGAGAGCCGCUCCCCUGGAGGAGGGAAGGAGGUGACCGACAGAGACAGACGCUCGUCAGAGGACUCCAUCAAACCAGCCCACCGCACGCCCUCUCCCUACCCCAAGGCUGUCCUAUCUGAGCCAGGAAUGAAGAUGGCUGGUGGUCCCCCACCCACUCUACUCAAGGACGGGGACAGGGACAGGAAGGAGGGUCCUCCGUCCUCUGGGGGGGACCUGCAGCUGCACAAGGUGAAGAACGACAUGAAGAUCAAGGAGGAGCGCAAAGAGGACCAGGAGGUGAUGGUGGUGAGCUCCGAGCCUGCCCCUCAGCCUGCUCCUCCUCCUCAGCCUCUACCUCCUCCACCUCCCCAGCCCGGUCACCACCACCACCACCACCACCACCCUCCUCUGUCCCAGCAGCCUCCUCCCCCCUCCCCACGCUGCAGUGACUUGCCCACCCACGGCUCCCUGCACGGGGUGCACAUGGCCCACUCCCUGCCCCUCUCCAUGAGCGCCAUGCACCAGAUGGGCAGUCUCAACGUGCUGGACCGGGCCCGCAUGGCUCCCUUUAUGGGGGUGAGCCCCCUGGCUGCUGCUGCAGGGAGGGACCGGAUGCCCCACCAAGCCUUCCCUUGGGACCCACUGAGGGAGGCCUACCGCAACCUGGACCUGCAGCGCAGGAUGGACUUUCAGCUGAGGGCUGAGCAGGCCCAGCGCUUCCCCAGCAUGUACGAGCAGGAGCGGGCUUACCGGGAGAGAGAGGCACAUGACUACUCCCACCAUGAGCACAUGCUGGAGGUACGGCGGGAGCACGAGAGGAUGAGGCAACAGGCAGAGGAAAGAGAGCGCCAGCACCUGAGGGAGGAGCUGGACCGAGCGCGGCUCCACCAGCUGCACCAGUCCCCCAUGGAGGGACACCUGCCACACAUGCCCCCCUUCAUGCCCCACCUGGGCGGCAUGCCCUACCCCAGACUCAGCCCCUCCACCGGACACAACGGCCUGCUAAACCGGACGCCCCCCACCGCUGCCCUUAGCGCCCCCCCUCCCCUAGUGUCUGCGGGCAGCACCAGAGCAGCCUCCCCCAGAAGGACUACCCCCCUCACCACCCAGGACCCCCGAGAUUACUCCCCCUCCCGCAACCCCAAAGAAGUGGAGGCACGGUAGCUUAACAUAACAGACAAAGGACGUGAAUGCUUAAAAAGGUGCACUCCCCAAUUUGGAACCUACUAGAGAGAACAAGAUGCACUGCUUUUCAAUGGAGAAAGGCAUAAGUAAAAGAGAAAACAGUAUGAUUGUACAAAGUAAAGAUUUGUAAGGGUGAAGAAGCACAUGCCAUGCUUUUAUUUUAUAUGGACAGGCUGAUGAGAAUGUUGGUUAGAAGAACACGAAUCAAAAAGUAUGUGUAUGUUAGUUUCCGACUUAAAAUUUGAUAUUAAUAUAUUAAUCCAAAACCUUUUGUUGAUUUUUCCGUGAAAGUGAGAUUCUGAUUGAAAAGAGAGAUUCUGAUUGAAAUUAGUUUGUACAUUUCCUAUCCUUGUUCCAUGUAUAGACAUCAUUUUUAUGAAUUUGUAUUUUGUGCAUUAGUCAAUUCUUUUCAAUAUUUAUCCCAGUCCAUGAUGAUGCUCCACAGUGGAUGAUGCUCCACAGUGGAUGACGCUCCACAGUUUUUACCCAGUAAUUUAACCUCAUGGUACCUGAAAAUACUCAUAAAUGAUCAUGUACAAAGUUACAUUAAAGAUUUGUUGCAUUUUAUUUGUUUUGCCUUUGAGAUAUGCAGACAAAUAUAUAUUACGAGGUCUUUGUUCGGUCUCUGUAAAGAAGAAUUAGUGUAUAAAAAAAAAUGACAAUGUAAAUUUAUUAGGCUUUUUAAAUGUUUCUAGAAAAACAAAUGAAAUCAAAACAGAACCACUUCCCGGUUGUAAACCAUGGUAACAGACGAGCCUGUCCAAUGGGAGGGAAGGAGGGCGGGCAUCAGAAGGGGGCCUGGAAUGAUCUUCUGCAAUCUAUGCAAAGAGGCACUGAGCACCCCGAUGGAGAGCCACCUGGAAUGGAAUGGACUGUUGGAUAAUGUUGAUUCUGUGAGAGGAACUUGGAUUAACUCAACAUGUUUUUCUUUCCAAUCAGGGGACAUGGAAUUAAACCUACAGACUUCCUGGUUACAGAUAAACUGUACCAGAAGCUUACAAUACAGCCCCAGUGACAGCAAAGGAAGACACGUUUGAUUGGGCGGCAAUAGGACUUUCUCUGUCGACCGUUGUGGUGUUGUGCAGUUGUUUUUCUUAGACUUGUAUACAAAACAAGUAGAGUUUUAGGCGUGCAAAAAAAUGAAAACGAACAUUCAUGUACGGAAUAAAGUUUGGACCUAA